AUGCAAUUUAUAGCUCGCUGGACUAGAAAGUUCAUAGGAAAAUAUUUUCCAAAGCCAAAGUUUUAGCCAUUAAUUCCAAAUAAUCUUAGUGUGAACGCAAAAAAGACUCUUUGUUUUGCAUAAAUUCCAUCAUAAACAGCUCAUCUUGAAUUGUUUGAUAUUAACUUAGAGCCUAUAAAAGAGAUAAAAAUCUUCAAGCUAAAUGAAGAAAUGACCAAAAAAUAUUUAAACUAGAGGCUUGUUAAUUUUACAGAUACACUUUAAGAAUUGUUAAACUAAACAUGCUAAGGCCUACAAGUAUUAUUUUGCGAAGAUAAUGAUUUCCAUCCUCUCAAGAGUUAGAAUUUCUUCCAUCAGUUAAAAUUAUAAUCUGAAAUAGACUCUGCAUUGAGCUUUUAUGAUGAAUAAAAUGAAUCAGAAGUAAAGUUUGACUCAACUCAUUCUUCCAUUGCAAUAUUUUCCAGAAAACCUUCUUUCAUAAGCAGCUCAUAUUAAGAAGUUGAAUCAAAUCACAAAAAUGAUAUUUCUAUAGCUAGCGAGUACUAUUCAGGAGAAUUCAAUGAAAACUACUUUAAUUUUCAGGAUGACUAAUAAUUUCUUGAUAACAACAGAAUUUAAUAGCAAUAAGUUGUUCCACGUCUUUGA